UUCAAGGCAAGAGACACCACUGUCAGACAACCAGUCAGACCAUUAAACAGCCAGUCAGACGGGUCUUUAUUCGGCCUUUCUCCGUCUUCGCUCCGUCAGGGAUUGAAACCGGUGCACAUCGGACCCGUACAGGCUUUGGAAUCGAACCAGCGACUUAGUGUUACAAGACAAUGGUUGCCGCGGCAAGAGCAGUGGUCUGCCUGUCAGUCUGGUUGUCCGUCUGCCAGGUCAGUGGCUCCCACAUCCCUGUGAAGAUGAACAAAACCAUCCAUAACCUCCUGCAGCACUACAAUAUUCCAAGGAAAGAGAGAUUUAACAGGAAGCCCAUCUUCUCCAGAGAACCACUGGCCGGCAAAAUGGAGGGAAAGAAGAUGUUUAUGGGUGCCGUUUUGGAGACGUACGAAAAGCUGAUUAGCCACAUGUUGAACCAGCUGCCCACCCCGACUCCCCAGACAACCGGGAGCAACAAGCUUUCCGCCACCGCCAUCGGCACCCCCGCUGCUGGCACCCCUGCCGCCGGCAUCGCCAGUGGUGGUGAGGUGGGAGCGGACGGAGACGUCAGGAAGGAGCUGAGCUACAUCCUGAACAUGGUCAAGGAACUGAAGGAAAAACGGUUCCUGGAGCAGGAGAAGAUUCUGCACGAACUGAAGGCUCUCAAACACAUCCAGAUGGAUGACCUUGUCGUCCAGAGCAAAGCAUUGUGGGAGCUGCCGUGGCUGUACGAGGAGGCGAGCUCACUGAAUAACACCAUGAAGAGUGAGAGGAGGAGGCGGCGGCGCCGGCAAGCACGGAAGGCCAAAACUCAUCCAAAAGCCUGAAACACCAACAAGAAGUCAACAAUGACAGCAACAAGGAUAUUUAAAUAUAAAAUAACAUAAGAAAUGUUAAAAUAUCCAAAACAAAUUAAAACCAACUUUUUCACAUUUCUUUUCUGUUUUAAGAGGUUACUAAAGAGAUUAUUUAUAAAUAAAUAUGUAUUUAUUUUAAUGACAGUGAACCAGCAGCCUAAGCCUAAUAGAUAUUGUACUUUUGUAAAAUACAUAUAUUUUUUAAGGAAGUUCGGAGCUCGAUACUUGAAAGAAGCCUGGCGGUUUGAUCCUGUGAAAUGUUUAUUAUAACUAAUUGUAUUUAACAUGGAGUUUAACUCACUUUAUCAAUCACAAUAUCGAUCAAUUAUCACCUAGAAAUAACUUGAUUUCUUGAUUUUUAUGUAUUUAAAAACUGCAGAUGAUUUAAUGCUCAGAAAAUCAGCGAGAUAGAAUUAAAAGCUUUUUAAAUUAAGAUGGUACAAAGUACACCAGAGUUAAUAUACUGAUGUACUUAAAUGUACUCUGAACAUUCAGGUCCAGCACUUAAGUACUUCACUGCAGUACAAGUACUCUGCUGCUGAAGUAGAAGUACUAUACUAAUUAGGGAUUUUUGUAUUUUACUGAGAAGUUGUAAUUUUCUAUAUUUAUUUUUGUAUUUAAGGUGUCUAUUUAACAAUCAUACAUCUGUGACUGAUAAUUUAUUAAUUGUAUUUAUGGAUUGGCACAUGCAGACAACUGAAUAAAACAGAAUGAAUU